AUGCAUUGCGAAGCGAUCGUGUUCGAAAUCUCGCUAAGGCUAUGGGCUGAUCAACAGCCCUCCCAUCUGGGUAUUACGGACACAUUCUUCCACUUAGAGGGCAGACCCGUAUCACCCAUAUCGACAGUCCGAAGACGAAUCCUACGUUGUUCUAGUACGGAAGCGUUUAAAUCUGUAGAUUAUACGAAUGCACGUGAACCGUUUUGGUGUUUUGCGCUUUCGAGGACAAAUCGACCAAACGAUGCCGCCAUGCUGGGCCUCUGUGGAACAGAUCAUGUCGCCGUCGAACCUACCCAUUUUGUGUUUCCACGUAUCAUCACCGUUAUUCGUAAUGGUGUGAAGCCACGAAGAGUUGUUCGUCAUCUGCUGAACAAGAAAACAGCCAGGUAUUUUAUUCUUUAUUUCUUUUUUUAA